AUGGGGGACCCGCUGUGCCCCUCACUGGCGGAAUGGCCAUGCUCGUGGGCGCAGGGGGGGGUGGGGGGAGCGGUGGGGGAGGGGCUGGGAGGGGGUGGUGUGAGGGAGGAUGUGAGGGAGGGUGUGAGGGGGAAUAGGUGGGAGUCUGGCAGUGAUGACGAUGAUUCCAGUGGUGAUGACGUGGAUGGGUCGGAUGAUGAGCUGGCACCAGGCCUGGGGUAUGAUGACGAGGAUGAGGAUGAUCCGGAUGGGGAUCGGUGGGGCACGAGCAAGGGACGGCGGAGGCGACUCAAGAAGAAAGCUGCUGCUGCUGCCACUGCAGGUGGAAGAAGCAGAGGAGGGAGAGGAACAGGAGAAGGCGCAGGAGGAGCAGGAGGAGCAGGAGGAGCAGGAGGAGACACAUCAGCGGCAGCAGCGUUGGCGCGGCUGCCUCGUGUGAAACCAUGUGUGCGCACGCCCUCAGUGUAUGCAGCGAUGAUCGAGGCGUACGGUCGCCGCCACCAGGCCACGGCUGCCCUCGCACUGCUGCACCAGAUGAAGGCCACUCCUGGUUCUGCACCUGAUGCUGCGGCCUAUGGGUCGGCAGUGAAAGCUCUCUGUCUGGUAGGGCGCACAACAGAAGCUGAAGACCUCCUAGCAGUCAUGACACACAGGGGCGUGCUACCAGACUCCACGCCCUUCAGCGGCCCUCGCAUUUCCCCCUUUCCCCUGCUGCACCACCCUGUUCCCAGAUCGGCAGUGAAGGCCCUCUGUCUGGUGCCGAACCUGGGAGGCAGAGGGCCUGCUGCUGGCAGACAUGGCGCACAGGGCCUGAAGGCACUAUGCCUGGUAGGCCGCACCACGGAGGCAGAGGAUCUUCUAGCGGACAUGGCGCACAGGGGCGUGCUGCCUGACGCCACUCCCUUCAACGCCCUGAUUGACGCGUACGGGGGUGCGGGGCAGCUGCAGCUGAUGCGAGACAAGUUCUUGAACUCACCAGCGUGGGGUUGA